AGAAUUAAUCUUUUUUGUUUUAUUACUCUCACUUUCUUAAGAUUUUUUUUUUCCCGGCUCGGACGCAGAUGACUAACGGUUACGCUCUGUCACCGGCGAUUAUCGCCGCUGUUCGUCCUCCGGCAUCUCAAGACUGUCUAGCUUCUGCUUCUCUUAAUGGACGUAAAUCGAUCACCUCUUCAUCUUCUUCCAUCUUCGUACCUAUCUCAUUAUCUACUUCCUACGGUCGAAGCAAAUGCGCCUUCUCAAUCCCGCGAAAGAAUCCAAGAUCGACAAUUCGUUGUGAUAUUGCUGUGAAAUCGGCAGCUUCUGUCGACGCGGACGCUGAUCUUUCUUCAUCUACGUCAUUGGAGACUGAGGAAGACGAGAAGGCGAAGGAGAAGAUUGGGGCUAGGGUUAGGGUUACGGUGCCGUUGAAAGUUUACCAUGUGGUUCGUGUACCGGAGGUUGAGUUGAUGGGAAUGGAAGGUUUUAUCAAAGAUUACGUCGUUCUUUGGAAAGGAAAGAAAAUCUCAGCUAAUCUGCCGUUUAAGGUACAAUUCGUGAAAGAGAUCGAAGGUCGUGGUCCUGUCAAAUUCUUCACGCAUCUUAAGGAAGACGAGUUCGAGUUAAUUGAUCCGUGAUUGAAUUGAAAAAGGCAAAAAGUUUGCUUCUUCUCUUUCUGAUCUUAUUAGACUUGAGAAAUCUUCUGUGAAUGGUUUGUUUGUAAGUACUUUUGUAUACAUUUAGCAUAUUAUAUACAUAAGAUUUCACCCAUU